AUGACUCUCCCACAGCUGCUGGUCGGAAAAGUCGCCGCCAUUACCGGCGGUCUCACAGGCAUUGGCCGUGCAAUUGCCCUGGAAUACUUCCGCCAUGGAGCGAAAGUCUCCGUCAGCCAUCUGGGUGGUGCCAAGGAAGAUGACCUGCUCGCCGCCAUGCACAAGGACGUGGAUGCGAUCGAGGCCAGCGCAGUCCAAGAGCGCUUCCUCACCGUCGCAGGCGACAUUUCCAAGCCCGAGACCGGCCGGGACUUCGUCGCCAAAACGGUCGAGAAAUUUGGCCGCCUCGACGUGUUCGUGAGCAAUGCAGGCGUGUGUCAAUUCGCCGAGUUUCUCGACCUCGAACCCUCCCUCCUCGAGCACACCAUCUCAACCAACCUUUCCGGCGCCUUCUAUGCCACCCAGGCUGCCGCGCGCCAGAUGGCCCAGUCCCAGUCCCCGCCUGGCGGCUCCAUCAUCGGCGUCAGUUCCAUCUCCGCGCUCGUCGGCGGCGGCCAGCAGACGCACUACACGCCCACUAAGGCCGGCGUCCUGAGUCUCAUGCAGUCGCCGGAUUCCGCUUGGGAGACUCGGCCAGCCACCAGAUUUGGCGGGGCCGGCGGUGUUUUUGGCUUGUGA